AUCAUCAUACGAAAAGACAGAUCAUGGGGCAGUACCAGAUUUACCUUGUUUUCUUGGCAUUGCUUCUAAUGUCCAUUUCUGGAGAGGAUGACAUAAGUGCAUCAAAAGAGUGUGAGCAUGCUCCCUUUGUUCCAGGAUACAAUCUUGCUGGAGAAGGAUUUGAUGUUGUGACCAUGGAGCGAAAAGGUUCUUACGUUAUCAACACAGAAAUAUGGGAUUUAGGAAACGGCACUUGUAAAUUGCGUAAAAACAAUUACAUGAAUGGAAUAAAACAGAAGCUACCAACUGCAGUUGUAGACUGGAGGACCUUGCCAAAGUGUUCAAUGAAAGUCUCCAGUCAGAUCUUUGAAUCAAGUGAAGCACUGGUCAAUGAUUCAUCAUCAGCACUCUCAGUCGGCUGGAAAGUUGGUUUAGACGUCAAGGCUGUUGGAGCUGCGGUUGGAAGCACUCAUUCCAGGGAAGCAAAAUUUGCAAUGACAAAAUCAAAACAAGACAAAUACAGUUUCACCAAACAUGAAGUUGGGUGCAAUUUUUACAGCUAUCGUGUAGCUGCAAAGCCUCCUCUUCAUGAAGAGUUUCUUGAAGCAAUCAAAUCACUCCCUGCAUCCUACAAUCCAGACGCAUACCGCAACCUGAUCACCACAUAUGGCACUCACUAUACCACAAGUGUCAAUUUAGGAGGGCAAAUGAAAGCCAUAACAGCCAUCAAAUCCUGUCAGGCAGCAGUGAGUGGACUUACAGACACUGCGGUGAAAGACUGUUUGGAUGUGGAAGCUUCUGGUUCCUACAGUGUAGCAACUGUGAAAGUAGAAACACAUUUUUGUAAAGAAAAGAAGAAGAAGAUGGGCACAAAUGAAAAGUUCAGCUCCAUGUUCAAUGAGCGUCAGACAGAGAUUAUUGGAGGAAACAUAAACGGAGAAGAUCUGCUUUUUUCUGGUUCAUCACACCCAAAUUCCCUUAAAAAAUGGCUUGAGUCUUUGAAGAGUCUCCCUGACAUUGUACAUUACUCUCUGAAACCCCUCCAUUUCUUACUGAGUAAUAAACACCCUGCAAGAAAAGGACUGAAGAAAGCUGUUGAAGCAUACAUCAUUCAAAAUGCCCUCAUGAAGGUUUGCUCUGAGCCUUGCAAGAUUGGCAGGAAGUGCAGCGCAAGAGACCGAUGUGCUUGUGUUUGUGAAAGUAGUAAAAUUAUAAAGUCUAACUGCUGUCCAGCUGAAAAAGGACUUGCCACUCUGAAAGUCUACAAGCUCAGAGCCAAAGGUCUGUAUGGAGAUGUAGGUAGUCAAACAGAUGGCACUGUGACUGUUACAUAUGGCACGCAAAUCAAGCGCACCAAGACCAUUGAUGAUAAUAACAAUCCACGUUGGCCAGAAACAUUUGAGUUUGGACCUAUUAAGAUCAGAAUAGCCAAUAAACUAACUUUUAAAGUAGAUGAUGUAGACGGCUCCUGGAACAGCGAUCUCCUUGGUUCAUGCUCUUUUGAUCUUAGAAGUGGAGUUGUGACUGAUGCUUGUGUUUUUACAUAUGGCACUUUCUUUUUUACCUAUGAAGUGAAAUGUGCACCCAGUCUGCAGGGCCCACAGUGUAAUGAACACAAACCUUCUCCAAUGACUACCUCUCUGGCUGAUAUUUUCAGCUCAAGAAAUGGUGUCCUGGUUAAAGACCUGCCAAGGCUUGAAUUAGCUCUCAAUAACUCUGAUAAGGUUAAUUUCAAGAGCAUUUAUGGAAAGCUGAUGAUGCUGUGA